UGGUGACUGCGAGGGUGACGGUCGUUCGCUCGUUGCCAGUGUUGAUUGACAGAGGCCAUCUCUCGGUGAAGUGAGACGUGUUUUUUUGUGCUGUGUUGCUCAACCGACGAAGUAGGUACCUAAUUCUUUUUUUGCGUGAUUUUUUGGAAGCUCGUCGAAGGAAAGAAAUUUUUGCGCUGCACGGUUCGUGAUACGAUAGGAGUACGGUGCACUCGGUGGUGUAGAUUCUUAUUUUCUGGUGAUUUUUGUAACAGACGGAACCCGUAUUGACUCGGGGGUUGAAGUGUGUGCGGCAGCUUUAGGUCCCGUCCCAUGGUUUCAUGGCGAAUGUGAAUUUUUCUUGAAUUUGAAAUCUACCGCGACUCCGGGGUCCACACAAAAGUGCCGGUGUGUUCGUGAAGUGACGUGAUCCGUAAAUAUCGCGCACGGUGUUGUGUGUGUGCGUUGAAACGACGAACAACAGGCGAAAGAGGAAUAGAAGAAUAAUAUAUGUACACCGUCCGGAGUGUGGUAGAGUGCGAAAGGCUACUAUUAGGAGGAAAAAUAAGUCAAAGAAGUGGAAUUAAAAGUUUCUUCUCUGGUCGUGUUUGCGCGAUCGGCACAUUUUUGUGAUUGGAAUUUCGUAUUUAUCUCUCGCGAGUUCGCGGCGAGCAGUUCAUGUGAUUUCGAUUUUUCUUGUGCGUUUCGCAGCUGCAGUCCAGGCAGUUUGGGGGAAAGUUUUCCUUGCAACCAGCCGGUCAACACACAGAGUUUUGUGCGAAAAAGAAGAAAAUUGAAAUCGAUGAUAGCCACCAGAUCCAAUCGGAUGGAAAAUAGCGGGUCGCUUUGAAGCAGUCGGAGAGAAAGUGUAAAUAAGUACCGAGAAGAAGUACCCAGUGGAAAAUCUCUAAAGAAAACACAAACAAAAACACGUACGGAUUUGGAAGUGAAUUGGAGGCAUCACUCAGGGUCCAGCCGGAGCGCAACAGCCGAGUGUGCUGUUUCUAGGUUUUUAUUUUCCUGUCACGGGGAAGUUCCACAUCGGGUUCGGCAGUACCUUCGUCGGCGACAGCGGGCAACCAAACUUUUCCGGAGGGGAGCGUCCAAAAGCCAAUGAUUAAAUGGACGCAACAUCUAUCAUUACGCAAGUUUUCGCGCGAUGACGAGCAGCAACUGAAUAGUAGCUAUCCAGGCGAAAAAGGUAUGUGUCCAGAUUUACCGUGGAAAACUUUUGAUACGAACUGGAAGACAGUGAACAAUGUAGAUAGGCUAAAACCUCCCAGACGGGGCUUCUUCGAGACGAUAUUCUGCUGUUGGCGGAAUGCGCGAACGAAAACCAACCAAAAUGGGACCCCCAUCGAUGGUUCGAUCACGCCCCCGCCAAUCCAGGGCCAGCCUCGGUAUUUGCUGCCACAGGUCCGACACUCGGAUAUGCACCGGAAGUGCAUGGUGAUAGACUUAGACGAAACACUAGUGCAUAGCAGUUUUAAGCCAAUUCCAAACGCCGAUUUCAUAGUGCCAGUUGAGAUAGAUGGAACCGUGCACCAGGUGUACGUCCUGAAGCGACCGCACGUCGACGAGUUCCUGAAGAAGAUGGGCGAGCUGUACGAGUGUGUGCUGUUCACGGCGUCGCUGGCCAAGUACGCCGAUCCAGUGGCGGACCUGUUGGAUAAGUGGAACGUGUUUCGGGCGCGGUUAUUUCGUGAAUCGUGCGUCUAUCACAUGGGCAACUAUGUGAAGGAUCUGAACAAACUAGGGAGAGAUUUACAAAAGAUAGUUAUUGUUGAUAAUUCACCUGCUAGUUAUAUUUUCCAUCCGGACAAUGCUGUGCCAGUGAAAUCAUGGUUCGACGACACGAGCGAUUCGGAACUGUUAGAUUUAAUACCGUUGUUUGAGAAGCUAAGUAAGGUCGACUCUGUAUAUACCGUAUUAUGUAACUCCAGUUCGCAGUCGCAGCUGCAGUCGUCCCUGCAGCAGCUGCAGCACCAAUCCAGCCAGAACCAUCUGCAAUCGAGCCAACUGCAGCAGCAGCAACAGUCCAAUUCGACCGACGUCAACAACACGUAACAUUGGCAGCAAAUGUUCGUCAAAAUCGUUUGAUUACUUUAACGUGGAAAACGUGAAAAGCAGUUUUUAUCCGUUGUUUAAAUUUUUUUUUAUUUUAAAACAAGUUUUAAAUUAAAUCAAACUAAUUUAAAGUACAGUGCCGUUGAAACAAAAAGAUAGAUAUUUUGUUCGCGAGAAACAAAUUGAAGGCAAAGCGAUUUAUGUGCAACAAAUUACUUCGAAGCAUUAGGGGGGAUUUUUUACAAAAACAACAAAUUUGGAUGGGUUAGGCAAAGCUAAAUCAGGAAACAAAUUUAUUUAUGUACCACUCGAUAGAAGUAUAUAUAUGAGUACCUAAUGAAUGUAUGAUUUUGUGGCGAAAACAGAAAUUGGCUGCGCUUUUUCGGAGUUUGAGUUUUGAAGUAAUGAUGGGAUAACUACGCAGUUUGUUGCUUGGUUUCCGUAAUGCAGGUCUUCAUAUUCGAUGCAACUCUCGUUUUAGCAAACUUUGAAGUCGCCUUCACAAGUAACUAAAGUGUUAGUAUAGAGCUAACAUGCUCUAUGUAAGCCGUACAAUAGCCCUAUAUGCCAAUAAAGGCGAAUUAGCGACUCAAAGAUAUUGCUAAAAUAAGUUGCAACGGAAAUGUGGGCCCCAUAGUACACUGCCUCACGAAGAAGAUGAUAAAAAUGCCAUAGAGCACAUUGGAGCAAGCUGGGUUGGUUGGUGUUGGAUCGAACGGAGGCGGGGGAGGUUGAUAUCGACAUCAUCUGACGAAGAACGAUUGACGUUGCCGUCGACGCCGCGAGCAAUCAAACCAUGCAAGACAAAUAGAGGGAUCAGAUAGCGUGUAAGGGAACAAUGUAUAUCAUCGUACAUAUCACCACUUUGUAUACAGAGCCAUCCGUAGAAGAAGUACGACAGAUAGAAGUUUGAUGCUUCGUUUACAGAAGUGGCUAAAAUUUGUCAGGUUAGGGAAUGGGUUUCGAAGAAGGGAAGGUACUGAAGCGAAAUUUCUGCAGGUUGUGAGUGAGAAUUUGAAGAUUAGCGAAUGAUAAUGAAGGUUUGAUUAAUGAUUGUGGCGUGAAACGUUCUUUGUUGAAUGAUGUUCGAUAUGAAGACGAUUAGUAUAUCAUCGAACCCACGUGGAUAGUAUCGGUAAGCGGAUUUCUUGUGCCAAGCAGACUUGAAAGGACUAGAACUCGUUAAGGCAAUUACGCAGCUUGGUUGUGUAAAGAUGUCGUUCCUUAAUACCUGCUGUUAAUUUUUUCUUCAAGUUUGAACAUAUACAGUUACUGACUAUAUAUCAGCUUCCUUUUCAGUUGUGCACGAUAGCAUUCACUCCGACGCUUUAAAUCAUGACGCUACUGUCUUUCAAAAACGGAACACGUUGGAGCGUCAGCUCAAUCUUUUAAUGACAAUACAUAGGAUAACAUGCAGAGAAAUUUGCAAAGGUACAUUCGACCUUUUCACAUGUUAGUCUAGAAAUAAUUCACUUUACUUCACAAUUAGCAUCGUUGAUGUAAAACUCAUGUAUGCUUCCUCAUCAAGCGCUGCCUCUCUUUAUGUGACCAAGUACUUUGUGUUGGUUUCGUCCAACGGGUCAUUCGGGGAAAUGGCAUUUGGAGGAGUGAUCCGGUAUUCGGGUAAAUGAUAUUCUAGAAAGCGACAUUCGGGAAAAAGUAGCACACUUUUUAGAUACUUGAUCAUGAUUUUGA